ACAAAAGCCACGUGUUCCCAUUGGAUGUUGGAUUAACCUGACGUCAUAUUCCGGCCAAUCAAUUUUCAUGUUUGAUACCCGCCAUCUUGGAGUACCGAAAGACAAUAUUGGCAUUUUUCUCAGAGAUCAGGCAGCAGCUGGAGACACAGUCUUAGACAUGGAUCCAGGACCACAAGGAGACGGCCAAGACCUGGAAGGGUUAGAGGUCAUUGAUACAUCCACCGCUCAGAAGAUCAACUCACCUGAUGCUAUAGCGCUGUCAGAGUUGAAAUCACAGGUGAUGCAGAAUCCUAAAGCUUUAGCUGCUCUUCAAGGUCACCUUGACAGUUUAGUGGGUCAGAGGAGUGGAUACAUUGAAAGCCUUCCCAAAGUAGUCAAAAGGAGGAUAAAAGCCCUGAAGAAUUACCAGGUCAAACACACGCAGCUCGAGGCUAAAUUCUAUGAAGAGGUGCAUUCUCUUGAGUGUAAAUACGCCAAGCUUUACGACGGUCUAUAUGACAAGAGACGAGAAGUCGUGAAUGGAGUGGUCGAGCCUACCGAUUCUGACUGUGAAUGGGAAAGCAGUGAUGAUGAGGAGGAGGAGGAAGAAGACGAGGAUAUGGAAGAAGGGAAGAAAGAGGUUAAUGCAUUAGCGGGAGAACUGAAAGGAAAGGCCAAAGUCACAGACGGAGAAGAAGAAGAAUCACCGCCGGGCAUUCCUGGUUUCUGGAUGACAAUCUUCAAGAAUGUUGAUAUUCUUGGCGAGAUGGUUCAAGAUCACGAUGAACCAAUCCUUAGUCACUUAAAUGAUAUCAGAGUCAAAUUCCAUGAAGGACCACAAAUGGGCUUUACGUUAGAAUUCUUUUUUACUGCCAAUGAUUAUUUCACAAACACCGUCCUAAACAAGAGUUAUCAGAUGAAAGCAGAACCCGAUGAAAGUGAUCCAUUCAGCUUUGAAGGACCAGAAAUCAUCGGAUCGCAAGGAUGCGAGAUUGACUGGAAGAAGAACAAGAAUGUAACGGUGAAAGUAAUCAAGAAGAAACAGAAGCACAAGGGCAGGGGUACGACACGUCUGGUCACCAAGACAGUCCAGACGGAUUCCUUCUUCAACUUCUUCAACCCACCAAAAGCGCCCGAAGAGGAAGUGGAUGGAGAAAUUGAAGAGGAUGAGGAGACUGAAGCAUUACUAAGUGCAGAUUUUGAGAUUGGUCACCUGAUCAGAGAGCGGAUUAUCCCUCGAGCAGUCCUGUACUUCACAGGAGAGGCCAUCGAAGAUGAUGAGUAUGAAGAGGAAGCUGAGGAGGAUGACCAGGAAGGAGAGGAAGGUGAUGAGGAAGAUGAUAACGAUCCAGACUUUGAACCUGGAAAGGAUGGUCAGAAGCCACCUGAAUGUAACCAGCAGUAGAAUGGCGCCCUCUCUCGUACCUCGUCUUACCCAUCAUGCCUUGGGAGCAUACAUGAGGCGUCGGAAUGAAGCGCAAUGUCACCUUACCAUGUGGGACUCGUUGUAUUGGAGCAAAGCGAGUCCAGGGGGCCGUUUCACAAAACUUAUCAUCAGUGACAAAUGACAUUUUUUUGUAAUAAGCUACUGAAAUCCUUGAUUCUGAUUGGUUAUCAGCAGAUUUGUCACUGAUUUUUGUCAUUUAUUAUUGAAAAAAAGACUUUGUGAAAUGGGUCCCAGUUUGAUUGAUCGAGACUGAAAAGGAACACUGGGAAUCUACCGCUGGCUACGCAUUUCGGACAACCUUUUCUUCUUCUUCUUUUGUUGUAACUCAUCUAUCAACUGUUAAAACAUAUUUAAAAGCUGACAUUUAAUGUUGCAAUUAUUUCUCUGAAAGUUGGACCUACAGACUUUGUCCUAACCGAUUUACCCCCGCCAUUAACUUAGACUAUGGCAGGAAUAUCACACUUUGGUGCUUCACCAUUGCGGAAUGUAAAAUUUGAAAUAAGGAUACAAAUUGCAAGUUUAAAAAGCUGUAAGUUUAUAUUGCAAUUAUUUCUAUGAAAGUUUGACCUACAGACUGUCACCAAACUGAUGUCCACCCACCAUUAACUUAGACUAUGGAAGGAAUAUCACACUUUGGUGCUUCACCAAUGCAGCAUGUAAAAUUUGAAAUAAGGAUACAAAAUGCAAGUUUAAAAAGCUGUAAGUUUACAUUGCAAUUAUUUCUCUGAAAGUUGGACCUACAGACUUUCACUAGACCGAUGUGCACCCGCCAUUAACUUAAGACUAUGGCAGGAAUAUCACACAUUGGUGUUUCACCAUUUCCCUUAGAUUAUUGUCAAAUUUGAAAGAAGAUAAAGGACGGAACAGUUUUUAUCAUAUUUUCCACCUUUUUACAGCUUUUGACGUGAUCUAAUACAAAGAGGCAACGUUUGGUAACUAAAAGGCAAAUCUUUUUAGUUCAUGUAAUGGUUUGAGAAGAAUAUGCCGUUUAAUGUUGGACAUUUGUAAUAAGCGCUAUAUAAAAUUAUUAUUAUUUUCUUAUUAGCUUCUAGUCAAUCAUGGAGUGAUAGUGUACUAUCGUCAUGGUUACUGGAUGAUAAAUCUGUUAUUCCGUCAAAUUGCAAGUGCUUCUUAUGAGAAGUGGUACCAUUGCUUUUGUCCCGAAGCAAAAGCACUUUUUCUUUCUCCAUUUUGCAAGCAGCUGCGUAUUAUUUCCAAAAAUAUAUCAUUCAUACAAAGGGAGACCAAUUAUUGAAAAGUCUUUAUUUCUAACUGCACCUGUUCAUCAAUGUGAAAAAAAGAUGAAGGCCCAAUUCACAAAGGAGGUUUGUCGACAAACCUAGGUUUGUUUUGAUGCGUUUUUACAAACCAUAAAACAAGUCAAAACACGUCAUGACGUACAUAGCCUAGGUUCGUCGACAAACCUCCUUUGUGAAUUUGGGCUGAUAUGUCUGAAAUCCAAAAGUACUUUCGAAUAAUCAUCUUUUUUGUACGUGUAGUGCUGUACAUUAUUUUCUGGUUGUAAAUUAGGUUCUGUUUUUGUAAUACGAGGUUCCAUUUUAUGACUUGGUGCAUUAAAAUUCUGCAGGAUGCAAGGAGAAGUUCGGAAACAAUUAGUAGCAACCCUACAUUCUCUUCAUGAUGUAAACCGUUUUAAUGUCUUUUCAACCAAAUUUUUGUGGAAUUUGUUGAAAUAUUUCUUCAGAUUGCUGCUGUUAUAUUCUAGUUGUUUUGUGUAUUCAUGGGACAUUGUUGAUCGGAAAUUAUGUGUGUUUCACAGAGAAUAUUAAAUUCAGGCACGUUUCUUGAGAUGUUGGAACACAGGUAAUAGCCGAGUUAUUAACUCUUUCAACGAAGGGAUACCUAGAGUAAAAAUAGAAUUGAUGGUUACCCCGCUAGUAGUAAUGAACGUUUCGAAGCUGAACCGAUACUUUGGUUGAAUGGAGGCACUUGCAAAUGUUUAUUUAAAGCCCGUCUGCAAUAGUUUUGCCAGGGGGGAUUAGACCUUCCUGCAAGGUCUGCUAUUGAGAGAACCACAGUAAUUUCAGCCUCUACUCUUGUUUAGGUUUAUUAUUAAAUGAUAGGUUAUCAUACAUGAAUGUCUGCCAUGAUCUUAUGUCUAAAGCCUCUGUCACAAAUGCCAUUACGAACGCCGUACGAACGAUUUUCAGACAAUGGAAAUUCGUGAAGACAAUCGAAAAACUGUGAUUCGUACGAAGUUAUCGUUCAUACAAACCUUCAUGACCGUAGCAUUAGUUGUGGAUCAUCCACAUUUAAACCUGAUGUUUAGAUUUUGUUACAUGUGUGUGGGCUCUUGUGUGUGUUUGGGUUCGGAGCUAAUGAGUUAAAACAGGCUCAUGUGACAUACACGCACUUAUACUUUCUGUAAUAGGUUCUUUUGUAAGUCUUUCCUAGGUGAUAAUCAGUUAAAGGUUGGCAGAGUCUUCUUAUCGCGUUCUGAACAUUUUAUUUUAGGGACAAAUACAUAGCAACAACUAAUGUAGGUAUGCAAUUUGCAUCCCGCUAUUGAAAAAUCAUUUAUUUGUAACUGGAGAAUGAAAUAAUUUGUUAUUAGGGACAAAUACAUAACAACAUCUAAUGUUCGCUAUGCAAUUUGCAUUCUGACUAUUGAAAAUCAUUUAUUUGUAACUGUUGAAUGAAAUAAUUUGUAAUGCGGCACUUAACAAAGACUUCUGCUUUACAUUUGAUUACAUUAUGGAAAUGGCCUAUUGUCAUAAAUUCAUAACCGAUCUAAGCUUUUGGCACAAUAUUGGUUAGUGGCUAUGCAUAGGUGAUGCUUACAUUGAAAAAUUUAGAGGGGGAAAAUGAAAAGCUGCAAUUGAAAAGUUAUUAUGACAAAUGCAAUCAUUUACUAUUAACAAAAAGAUGAAAUAAUUUUCAAAAUACGGAAGAAUUUUGUCAUGUGUACCUUGGGACAGAACAUUUCUUUGAAAUGGUGAUCAGAUAACUUUGAGAAUACUAAACAUGUUUAUCACUCUUCAUCAUUAUUAAUAUCAGGUUUAAUUUGUGAUAAAAUGCUUGUUUUCACCCCUAAAGAGCAUUGUCUUUGGGGCACAUGCAAACCUUCCCUUAUCUAAAUGUUGAGGCUGGCCAGAAUUCGAUUCUGUUCCCAAAUUUGGCUGUACCAAACAUUGUACAUGUAGAGUGGACAUUUCAGCAAUCACACUUAUUUUCAGGGAUGCCAGUGCCAGUUUUAAAGUACAAGUCCACUCCAAAAAUAACUUACUUUCAAUAGAAGCAGAAAAAUCAGACAAACCAAUCAAAACAAGUUUGAGCAAAAUCGGAUAACUAAUAAGAAAGUUAUGCAUUUUUGAAAAAGUUUGUAAAACUAUAGAACAAUGGAAACCACUACACAAACUGCCAAUUUGGUUAUUAGUUUGUGAGUGCACUUGGCCUUUAAAUGCUCACUUGCUCAGUGACAAAGACAAGUAUCACUUCCUAUUGUAAAUAAAUUAUAACAUUCAUCCGGCAUUUUCAAAGCUUUUUUGUAUCCUAAAAUGAUCCGAGAUAUUAUCUUCCACCCCAUGUUUUUGCAAGGAUAUUUUUUCUUGUGUAGUACGAGUACAAAUUGAACUUUGACCUUUUUAUUACCAGAGACAGGUCAUAGGUCAUAGCUUGCUUGUAAUAAAAAGAGGUCCAUAGCUAAGGUUAUAGGGUAGAAGAGUGAAUUGUUUGAAUGGUACUAUGGAACAAGUUUGUGACGUUACAAGAAUUGUUUUUCUACUGUAAAUUUCUGACUAAAUAUAUUCUAAAAGAAAUGGUGACUCUAUUGCCGUACAAAUGCUUUGCAUGAAGGAAAAAAACAACAAAAAUAUGAAUGUUUUCAUUAUGAAUGUGGAUGGUAUUUUGUGUAAAUUGUUUGUGAAUAUUCUUAUUGUAAAGCUGAGUUUGAAACUUGGAGAAAAAAAAUUAAAAAUUGCUCAUAAUCGUAAUUGUUUUCAGAAAUGUUCACCUCUUUCACAGAGAAAGGUGUAUUUAUACUUGAGAUGGUAUCAAUUGCUUCACUGUCACAGUACAUAAUUAGUAUGUUGUAGAAAUACAGUUGAAUUACACUUUUUCACAGGAUGAUUUUGCUGUAGGAUUAACCUGAGGUGACUUUAUAAGAAGUAUUUGAUAUUUCCAAUGGUCUAUGUCUGACCGUGGCAUAUUUCACACACAUGGAAAAACAGAGAAAAAAAAUAUUAAAAACUAUGUUACAAGCUGUUACUGUAA